AUGCCAGAUUAUGAAAAUAACCAUUCAAAGAAAAUAAACUGGGGACUCUCACAGAUACUACUCAUUGCUGUUCUUUAUGCAACAAGUAUAGCAUGCGUCUUCAUAAGCAUCCAGCCAUUACUGGAAAUGGACUUCGAACCUAAAAACUUCAUAGGCAUUUUCAUUGCCUUCUUUCACGGCUCAUACAUGCUUGGGUUCAUGUCAAUACACAAGAAAAGCCAAUUCGUGUUCUGGGCAUCUAGCUACACUCUUCUAUGCAUAACAACAAUCCUUCUGUACUGUUACAACGACCUGUUCUUGCAGUCUCCGGCAUCAUGA